AGCAUGUGAACUAGAGAGGUCUAGCACUCCUUUUGGUGUACUUACACCAAAACGAUCGAGAUCCACGUAUCGUAUCUUUCGUACUUUCGUACUUUUGGAAUUGAAUCGGUACCGAAAAAGAAAAUCAUGCUCAUCACUAUGCUGCCUGCUCGACGGCUUUGCGCCAUCUUGCUGGCGGUGGACACGAUCUCCCUACGACCGGUGGGUGCAUUUCGGACCAGGUCAUCUCCGAACAAUGCGCGGAGGCAAUCUCGCAUAAGUCAGUUGGGAGCACCGCCGGGGGAAAGUGAAGAUGCUCCUUUGGAGUCUCCUACACGACCAUCUUCUGGCGUACUACAACAAGAGGCCCCGACCGCAGAGUCUGUUUCGUCGUCAAAGCCGCAAGCAAAACUGCAAGCAUCAGCACUGGCACCGGCUGCGCCUCCACGGUGGGCGUCAAUGAGCGACUCGUCGUCGAGUAGCCCCGCCGUUGACGCACGCAGAGGACGUUGCGCUUCGGCCACAGCGACCGUGCCCGGAGUAGAGAACAGCGUCUCUUCGGGCUGCCCUACGAUCACCGAGCAGGUGGCAAUGCCAGAGAUCAUCGGGGCUGCAAGCCUUGCAGGAGGAGGUGACCAGCACGUGUCUUUGCGCGUGGAGUCCGAGGCAGUGAGUGUGCGAGAAUUGCGUGCAGUGUUCGAGCAAACAGCGACGCCAGGCGGUUACAAUUCCGCGCUUUCCUCUUCUACCGGUAGUAUCCGAGGAAGCGCUCCUGGUGCCGGGCGCAGCUAUGCGCAGGUUGUGGCGAGAAAGAGCGCGACCGGAAACCAACAGCAGCAAAAAGACGCCCCGCUCCCGCAGCACUGCCAGCAAUCCACCACGUCUGCGUCAUCUUCAAGCAGAUUAUCUUCAGGCAGAUUAUCUGCAGCAGUUGGAAAUAACUACAAACCUCCUGGAGGCACCACGAGGGUAAGGGCGCAGUCCGUCCCGUCCUCCGCUACUCCGACUGGUGCUGUCCCCAUCAUGAAAAAAGCGCGAGUAGAUGGGCGGUUUGAAGGGAUGAAUCUGAAUGGCGUCGAGGAAUUCCAGCUGCAUAACGAUCUGUUCGAAAAGUUUCAGAAGAGAUCUACUCUCGAAAGAACAUCAACGUCCUGCUCGUCUCAGGAACGUGGCAAGAAUAUCAUGGAGGACACAGCACCCUCUACAACUUUCGCAGGAGGAGUCAUGGAAGUGAGCGACCACUUGGCGAAUGGAGAAUUGAGAGAUCGAGAUGAGGAGCUGCCAGGAGAAGACGUUCUUGAGGAAAAUGAAGAUGCAAUGGAGCAGACUGGAAACGGCUCACGGUCACGCUCACGUGACGACGAGGAUGAUUAUUCCUCUUCCUCCGAGCAGCGAUCUUCUAGACCAACAACGCGUCCCAGGACGUAUUCCGCACCGUCAGCGCUCAAAGGAUCAUCUUCCCUGAGUAGUUCUUCUUGUGCUAAACCGGUCUCCUCGCAACAGCAACAGGCGAAGAACCGCAAGGCGCGAGUGCGUUGGAAACUAAAGAAAAAAGCAGAUAACUUCCUGUCAAACGGAUCGAGCGGCCAGCAAUCGCAAAAUAACUCUGGCAGUGAACUCUUCGUAGCGCAUCAGCGCACGACGGGGUCGGGUUGUUCCAGCGCGACUUCGCGGAGUAGCGGUUCCUUGCUCGGUGGUGUCUCCUUCUCCGCGUCGCAAAAAACAUCUUCCAGCACCAGCAGCCGUGAUUAUAAUAACCAUGAUCCGCUUUAUUAUUCGUCUUGGGGACCUUCCUCCGCAGCAAGUUUUACCUCUGCGACGUCCACGUCACAUUAUAGCAAGCGGAGGAGCCGAGGCACGCCGGUGGCCGGGAAGCCCCCGACAGCGAAAGAUCCUGCAACUUACGAGGACGAAGAUCAUAUGUGGAAGCCUGUGCGAUUGGGCACACCGGGUGCGACCCCGGUAGCAAAGCCGCCUUGCAAAAAGUUGCGUCCCUUCUCUUCACCGAAGGCUACCUGUUCGGACGAAGACGGGGCCGAGUCUCGCCGCCGCCUCAUAUUGGGCCUCUGCGAGGUCGUGAAAGAGUCGGUAAGGACCCCAAAAUCUUGUUCCGAUGCGAAGCCCGUUCUGCCCAGAUUCUUUCCCCAUGAAAAUGAUGAUUGCGCGAUGGGUGGUUGUACUUCAACUUCUGGUGCGUGGAAUAGACCACGAGGUGACGGCCAGGAGAAGCAGCCGUUUGCCCGAAGCUUUGCGCAAGUGGUGGCUGGGUCGUCGUCCAGAGGGUCAAGAGACCACGCCGGCAGUACCGCCAGCGGUAGUGCUGGGGGCGCGGUGGGAGCACCUCCAGCUGCGGCAGCACACGACCCGAGUUACUCCACAUUCUACACAAGCAGUUGCGCACCACAGUACUAUGACCAACAACAAGCGUACGGGUACGGCUACGGGUAUGACUCUGCGUAUUACAGCAAUUACCUUCCGAAUUUGCAGACGCCAACGCCAUUUCGUGCAGCUACAGCGAGCUGCCCGCUGUUGACCGCUGGAACGUACUUUCCCCAGGCCCCGCCUCCGAGCCCGGGAGAGGACUGGGCGGGGAGAGACGAAAGUUGUUCGGGGCCCGGUUCAACACCAGGUGUAUCUGUUGCACCGAUAACAGAAAAUCAAAAUAUGGAGCUGCCCAUCAACGUGCAGGGCUUCCAGCGGCAACGGAGCCCGUGUCUGACCAUCGUCACGGACUUGAGCUCGUGCGACGGCUCUCCGGCCUCCGCCGCCGCUUUUCUGUCAAGCCGGUUUCAGGAUGUCUCGGCUCGGAGCUCGACGGUGAGGGGACGAGAGCCGCUUGCGGAUCUAGCGAGCUGCAUGGAAGCAGAAACAGAGGCCGCUGUUGAAAAUAAUGAUUAUAGUGGGCCUGUUCAGGAACAGGGGGGCCAGUCAAGUGGUAGCAGGAACAAACAAGCUCCUAACAGCACCCGCGGGCAGUACUAUCACACGCAGCGUCCGAAAACGCCCCGCGCCUCGGACCGAUUAGUAGAUCGCCCCUCUACAGCACCAGGCAGAGCUUCCUCUAGCGGGCGGACGCCGCCGGGACUUUUCACGCCCCUGAGUGCCCAGGCGGAGCCGUUUCGCCCGAUGUUGCGCACACCGCUGAAUCCCCGAGCGCAACCGUUCAAUCCUGCAAGCAGUGCCAGUAGCAGCGUUGCCCCAUCUUCCUCUGCGGAGGCGGUAGUAGAGUCGGUAGUAGCUCCUGCGGGAAAAAUAAGGGAUAAGCCAGUGUCUGCGUCCACCGCCCUUGGACCAGUUGUAAAAAAGCGCGACGACGAUGAAAUGGAAAUGGAUGACCAUGACGACGCAGUUGGUAGGACAGCUGAAGAAAUAGAAGCGAAUUCUCAUAGUCCAGCUGUUGCUCCACAACUUUCAGUUCCUGCAAGUGGGAACACUUCUACGACAUACUCCUAUUCCGGAUCAUUUCCUGGAAUGGAUGUCGGUGGCUUGUUGGGAACAGGAUCGGAUCGUGGCUUACCAUUGUACCAGUUGCCAACGUCGGACGACGCCAUGUUUGUUCCCAUGCCAGAAUCGAACACGGGAUACGCAUACGGCGAAAAUCAACACUGGUAUUGAUGUUUCUUGACAGUCCCAUCGGGUAAGUGCCUACAUACAAAACAAGCUAACUCCUGGACACUACAUCAUGAGAGAAGCAAAGUAUUCACAUAGCCUGCACCACGUUUGCGUUUAGCCAUUUAGUUUCAUCGAAAGCUGCUUCCUGUCUUUCAUUGUCAAGCCUUCGCAGGCCAGCACUCAAACGAUUUUAUUUAUUAGAUAUACCGCACCUGCAGCGUCAUGAUAUGCAUAUGGCAAGAAAAUAAAGAAAAACUACGAUAAUGUAACUCACUGCUAUCGACACAACUGUGAAAAUGCACCUGAAUUGUACAUAAGUACUGCUGCACCUGCAGUCAGCAACAGAGAAUAUAGCUACUUAAUUGCCUGGCAGCGUGAGAACCACAGGAUAGCGGCGUAUCUAGAAAUAGCUCUAGGGGUCGUUAAUUACUUGUGGCAUCUUUUUCUGCAGGUAGGAAAAGAUUUUUUUGCCUUUGCGCAGUUCGAGUUUAAAUUUUCUCGUUUUUAGCAAGUCUGCUGUUUCUUUUUGACCUUUGGAACUGUGUUUGGGCCUCGGCUUGAUGUCCUGAUUGGAAUCAAUAUAGACCUAUUUUUUUGUGCCUGCGAAGAGACCAGAAAAUCAAAAUGUUUAAGAAUGGAACGAGUGUAAAUAUUGUAUGUUGCUGUCUUUAUGUUGUUUGUCGCGAAUAAAGUGAUAGUGAAAUAGGAUUGCCUCCUUGAAGAUGCACUUCGUUUGCAUCCAUUCUUCUUGCG